UGCUUUGCGGCAGCGGAUGUUGUGGUGCUGCUGGCAGGAUAGUAAUCGCCGUGAUUGGCGGUUGCUGUGUAACUUCAUUCUACUUUAGCCGAACCUUUCUUCUCUCCCUUCCAAUUGGGAUUUAUUUUGCUACUUUUCCCCAGUCCCCGCUUUUUGUUUCUUUGGGGAGCAGGGUGCUGGGGACUGGUCAUGGCAGACUUUGACGAGAUUUACGAGGAGGAAGAGGACGAGGAGAGGGCUGUGGAGGAACAGCUUCUCAAGUACUCCCCGGACCCUGUGGUUGUUCGCGGAUCCGGCCACGUCACGGUGUUUGGACUUAGCAACAAAUUUGAGACCGAGUUUCCCUCAUCAUUAACAGGGAAGGUAGCUCCAGAAGAAUUCAGAGCCAGCAUUAACAGGGUUAACAGUUGCCUGAAAAAAAAUCUCCCAGUCAAUGUGCGAUGGCUGCUGUGUGGUUGCUUGUGUUGCUGCUGUACUCUAGGCUGCAGUAUGUGGCCAGUAAUUUGCCUCAGUAAGAGGACACGAAGAUCGAUCGAGAAGUUAUUAGAAUGGGAAAACAAUAGGUUAUACCACAAGCUGUGCUUGCACUGGAGGCUAAGCAAAAGGAAAUGCGAAACGAAUAACAUGAUGGAAUAUGUUAUCCUCAUAGAAUUUUUACCGAAGACACCCAUCUUCCGGCCAGAUUAGCAUUUACUGUGCUACAGAGACUCAUUUUAAAUGUGUUUUCCUUCCAAUGGUGCCUUGCUUGGUACUGUCCUGGUGAUGAAAGGUCUGACAGAGCCUUGUGGUUUUACUGUGUUGCUCAAUGGAGUUGUUCAGCCCCUCACAUCAUUGCUUCUAUGUUAUGGAUUCAGUCCUAUCCUCCUUAAGUCUUGCCUUUGUCUAGUCUUGUCCUUGCAAAUACAUUUGUAGAACAUGUAAAAUCAGAUAAUCUAAAGGAUGUCUCCAUUUAGUGUACAACGUACCUUAUAUACAUUACUUUUUCUUUUAAUAACCCAUUCCCAACUAAGCAAAGAUAAUGUUAUGUAUUCAUUUUUUAACUUGUUGCAUUUGACAUCUUAAAACAUACAUUUAUUAGGUUAUAAAGAAUUAAUGUCAGCUGGUUCUGCAAAAGAUUUACCUUUAACUUCAAUAUAGUAUAUAAAUUGAUUUUUAUAUUGAAGCAAAAUCAAAGAGUUUUGCGUGCAUUUGAUCAUUUUAUAGGCUCAGGACCUUAAAAAUGCACUAAUGUUGCCAUCAAGAAUGGAAGUUCUUUUCAGAUGGCUUCCACUUUUAAUUGCCUUUUCAAUUAUGUUUGCCUUGUUUACUUGGUUUGUGUGUUUUUUUUGUUUUUUGUUUUUUUUUAUAUAUAAACGUGGUCUGGGACAGGGCACAAUUGUGUCAAAAUACCUGAAUUUGAAUUUUUUUAUUGUACAACUGUACUGUAUUCAUUGUUUUGCUUUUAAGAAAGAUGAGCACUGUGGUAAAACAUAAUUAUUGGAAAAUAGCAAUAGACACCAAAUCAACAAAAUGAAGUCAUUUUUGAAAAUGGUGGAAAUAGUUUAAUGAAAGACUAAGCAUCACAGGAAAAAUAUGUGCUGAAAAUUUUUUACCAUCACACAAAUGUAGAUUUGUGGAGUUUUUUUUUUCUUUGCGUGUUUUGGGAGGGGGGUCUUGUCCAAACUAUUUGUUUAAUGUUUUGCAACAAACACGUCCUGUGUGCAUAAAUGCUGUUUCUAUUAGUAAUAAAUCAGAACUUGCAAAUGCAGGAGUUGAGUGUUAAAAAAAUUUUUCUUCACUAGCUACUAAACAUGAUUAUAUUUGUUUUUGUUUACUUUAGUACAGUAUAGAUUGAAAUUAAUUGUUCUUUAAUGUGUUAAAACAACCCAUGGGCAGCUAAUAUCCUUUUGUAUUCAGUUAUUUAAAUGUUUAGGAAAAGACAGAAUUGUUCUUCAUAUUUUAUUUUCUUUGUAUAAAUUCCAGCAUUUAAUUUGUUUUUAAAUUUUUUUUUUUUUAUAUAUACUUUAUGUGGUUUAAGUGUGGGAAUGCAUGUGCAUGCAUGUUUAUUAAUAUACAACAUUAAGCCAGUACUAAACCAGUAUAUUACCUUUUUCUCUGUCUCAUGGUGAAACCUGCAUUCGAGAUUAUACAUCCACUUUGCUGAACUCAAAAGUAAAGUCGAAUGUGUUGAUGGCAUAACAAAGUGUAAUUGCUCAUUUUACUUUACUGUUUUUUCAACAUGGAAAAUGAAAGGAUGCCAAGAUAUUACAUAAAUUCAACACUAUUGUGCACAUUUUAUUUUUGGUGAGAUUUUCUAAUUUGAGUUAGGUUUAUUUUAAAGUACAGAUUGUUAAACAUUUUCCCUUUUUUGUACAGUUGUCACAAUUCAAUGUAGAAAGGUCUCGCUUGGUUAUUUUUUAACUUCCAGUACAGUACAGUAAUACUUCUGUAUACCUAUAUCAUUAAUGUGUUCUAAAAUAAUAUAUUGUAUAGUAAGGGCCCUCCUCCCAAGGAAGAAUGGAAAAGAGUGAUAAAGUGUAUUAUGAACUCUGCAAAACAAGUCUUGUGUACCUUGUUUGCUUGCAUCAUUAUUUAUUACAAAUCAAAAUAAAAGUAUAACCUUCUGUACUGUCAGAAAUAUAGGUUGGAAGAUUGGUUUGUAUGUAAUAAUGUAAAUAAAAUAUUUUUAAAUGUU